UUUGAUUAGGUGAAUGUUAUGUGACUAAGGUCACGGAAAAAAAUGCUUUCUACAAUUAACAUGCCGAUUAGUCAAACAAAAUUAAGUCAUCUUCGAAGAAUUUCAUUAAUGCUACUGAUCAUCGCUAAUUACGCAAAAGCUGAACCAGGGGCGGGAAUAUCGAAAAAGAACCCGCAGGUUUCUGUAUGUAAUUCUGCAGAUUGCCGGAAAGCGAGUGCAGAGAUUUUAAGGAACAUAGACAGAAACGCGUCGCCAUGUGAUGAUUUUUACGAGUUCGCUUGCGGAAAUUUCCACACUCAUCAUCCAAUGGGUCAAGACAGAUACCAAAUGAACCAAUUCAGAAUGGCUGGCGAAAAAAUCAGCAAAUAUUUGGAAGAUACGGCCAGACGUUCCAUUCUACUGUCUGAUAUAGAGGCCGUGAAGAAAUCAAAAACGGCUUACCACGCUUGCAUGAACGACGAUCAAUUGGACAGUGUAGGACUAUCAGAGCUUACCGAAAAGCUAAUGAAUCAAGGAGGUUGGCCCAUGGCCAUGCAUAAUUGGAGCAAUAUUUCUAAACGUUGGCAACAAAUCGAUCAAUUCUUCACUGGAUUUAUAGGAAAAUCGGCGUUUUUUCAUUAUACCGUGGAGCCCGGCCCUUAUAAUUCUAAGAAGCAUAACUUAGUGAUUCAUCCACCAAAAUUAAUCUUGCCGCUUAAUGUCUUUCGUAACCCGGACAAAUACAAAGCUAAGAUUAAAGUCUACCGUGAUUUUAUUGUUACAAUUGCUCAGCAAUUUGCUACUGCCAAUGUUGAUUCUGAAACGAUUAAGCAAGAUGCGAAAGACUUGAUUGAUCUGCAGAUUACGCUGGCAAAAGCCAUAUCUAAAGCCCGGGAUGUCGCUCAGGUUCGAAUGCAUCUUACUACGUUUCAAAAUAAAUAUAAUAGCUAUCCGUAUUCAAUGGCGAACUCAAGGAUCAUCUGGGAGGUUGUACUUUUUAAACUUGGUUUACAUACUGACGUAAAUUUUACACCACCGGAAGUAAUUACGGUAAGAGAUGAGGAGUACUUUUAUCGGUUGGCCAAUAUUUUGGAUUCAACGCCUACGAGAGUAAUAGUUAACUAUGUUUGUUGGAUAUUUAUUUAUGACGUAUUGAAGUUCACCGACACAGGUACAAGAGAUUUGUACCAUGAUUUCAAUACGGAAAUGUUGAAGAGCACUUCAUCGGAUUCACGAGAGAAGGAGUGUAUGAAGGAAAAUCCAGCUCAAAAGGCGUUGUACCAUCAGUACGUGCUGGCUAAAGUACCACAAAGCUACACCGAAAAAGUCCAUGAAAUAAUAGCAGAUCUAACAAAGGAAUUAAUUGAACAAAUUAAAAAUUCCCCCUGGUUGGAUCCCAACUCAAGGGAAGCAGCGAAGAAGAAAGUCCAGCGUUUGCACGAAUUCAUUGGUUAUUUAUCUUGGUUAAGAACGCCUGCGAAAGUCAACGAAUAUUAUAAGAAGCUCCGCGUUGGGGAUAGUCACUUACAGAAUGGGUUAAACAGUAUGAUUUUUCGUAUAGGCCGCUCUCUAGAAAAACUAAGUGUGCCUGUGGAUCGAUACGCAGAAGAUAAAGUGUGGGUAAAGCCAGUCGUCGAAGUAAAUGCAUUCUAUGUUCGACCACGUAAUAGUAUAGUCGUACCAUCAGGAAUAUUACAAGCCCCGUUUUUCUUGUACGACGUACCAGAACCUUUUCAUCUCGGCUCAAUCGGUGUUAUCCUAGGGCACGAAUUCACUCACGGUUUUGAUAAACUUGGACUUCGUUAUGCCUACGAUGGAUCUCCGAUGCAUUGGCCAGCUGCAACUAUGAGAGAAUAUGAAGACAGAACUCAAUGUUUAGUCGACCAGUUCCAAACCUACCAUUAUCAAGACCUAAUACCACAUGGCCACGUUCUAUUUGAUAGUGGCGAUGAGACUCAAAUAGAAAAUCUGGCCGAUACAGCUGGUAUGCAAAUCAGCCAUGGAGCUUUCAUCAACAAUCUAAGGAAAAGAACAUCACUACAUCAAAGAUUACCAGGUUUGGAGUCAGUCACCGAUGAACAGUUAUUCUUUUUAGCCUACGCCAAUAUGUGGUGCGAGUACAAUGAUCCGCGGUUUCUGUUGUAUUUGGCGCGACUGAAUGGCGAAUACAGUAUCGCACACCACCGAGUAAUUGGGACUGUAUCAAAUUUGGAAGGUUUCACAACUGCAUUUGGCUGCAAGGCAGGCGAUGCAAUGAAUCCCAGCCGAAGGUGUACUUUGUGGGGAUAAAAAAUGUGUAUCAAAGAAAUCAUUCUUAAUGUUACCGAUUCGUAAAGUAAGAGUAACAUUUGUAAUUUCAACUGUACAGUUAAAUACACAUAUGUAACAUAGA